AAGGGCUAGGAGUAUGAGAGAGAUUGUGUGUCCUGGCCAGUUUCAAAAGUCAGAGAGAGUAAGAGAAAGUACAGAGAAGAUCUGCAGUGAGGUGUUCAUGCACAGCUAAGGGGAACAAAAAGACGUGUGAGUUCACAGGUUGAUGCCUACAGAAAGCAGAUACUUCAUGCUGAGGGGAAACGAUUAAUCACAGAGGAACCAUAACAGACCAUAUGCAGACUCAGCAAAGUGCGGAAGUAGCGGGCCAUCCAAAUGGCUUCCAGACUCAUCUUUCUAGAAAGCCUGAAGUUUCUUCAGGCCAGCACAUACUGACUUCUCCAGAGCAUGUGGUGGUCAUCUCCCCUGGACUCCCUACUCCUCCACUGAGCCCAUUUUGCUCUACAGGACCAACACCUGGAGUCGUCAAGGUGUCAGAGCUGAAUGGAGGAGGUCCAGUUACUCCGAGCUUUGGAUCAUACUAUGGACCUUCACAGUCACAAGGUGAACUGUCCAAUGGAGUCCAGGCCUCGUCUACUUUGCCACAUAGCUGGGUCCCAAAUAACGAGGGGAGGCUUAUUAAGUUCUCAGGAAUAGGUCCAGUCGAUGAGACUGGGAUGCCCAUCGCGUCCAGAUCGAGCGUGAACAAGCCUAGAGACUGGUACAGGAGUAUGUUCAGACAGAUUCACAAGAAGCCAGAGGAGCUGGAGGAUUCAGAGCGGUGGUCACCAGAGCGACUCCAGCUAUCUGCAGAGAGAGAAAAAACCAUUGAAGGAGACACGAAUCUCUUCAGACUGACACCUUACGGAUCCCUGCCAGACUGGAGUGAGGAUGUAGAUAAGCUGUCAGACCCUGGAAAGCAACACCCUCAACCUAGAAGCAUAUUCGACUUUGAACCUGAAAAGAGCUCCGCUUCAGUGAGUAACAGCCAGGUUCUUUUGUCCCAGAAGAGACAGUCUGAGAAGCCAAAAUCUCCUUCCAUUGAGGCCAGUCUGCAGUCUGAGCUGAGCCAGUUUGAAGCUGAGCUGGACUCGGAGAUUCAGGGCCUGGAGAGGACUCUUUCCCAGAAGAAGCAGCGUCGAGGCCGGGGUGAGGAGGCCACAGGCAGGGACUCAGUAGAUGUUCCAAAGGCUGGCACCACCAACCACAGAAAUCUAUCAACAUCUAACCAGCCCACCCAGCGUUCCGGUGCCUUACCAUCGACCUUUGCUCCUGAUCAUGUAGGACGUCUGUACCCUGCAAAUGAAACCAUGGAGCCCCAGUCAAAAAAAGAAGAAAAAAAGAUGAAAGCUGCAAGAGCCAAGUUUAAUUUCCAGGCUCAGUCACCCAGGGAGCUCACACUGCAGAAAGGCGACAUUGUUUACAUCCACAGGCAGGUAGAUGCCAACUGGCUUGAAGGGGAGCAUCAUGGGAGAGCUGGUAUUUUCCCAACUUCUUAUGUAGAGGUUCUGCCUCCCACAGAGAGGCCGACGCCUAUAAAGUCUCCGACUCUCCAGGUGUUGGAGUAUGGGGAAGCUGUAGCUCUUUAUAACUUCAACGCUGACCUACCUGUUGAGCUUUCCUUUCGUAAAGGUGAGGUGAUUUGCAUAACCAGGCGCGUUGAUGAUAAGUGGUUUGAGGGCAGGAUCUCUGGAACAAGCCGGAGCGGCAUCUUCCCGGCCAGUUAUGUCCAGGUCAACAAGAUGCCCCGCACCAAAUACUCCACGGAUGACUACUCAGCGAGUCCCACGUCUCCCAUCUCCCCCGGACCACAGAGUCCGAGACGUCCGCUCCACUCCCCAUCCCCGCAGUCACCACUGACCUUUUUCACCCCCCCUUCCCUUAGCCCCAAACCUGAGCACUCCCCCCUGAAACCAUCUUCACCUGUCCCGUAUGGCAGCCCUGGCUCACAGUCACGCUCCCUCACCCAGACACAGUCACCCUUUCGUUUUCCCCACAGCACCUCCCAUAAUAUGGCUUUCCCCACCAACCAAAACAGCAACUUGGUUGCAGCACACUCCACAGUUAGAGCAGUUUCACCUUCUUCUCAGUCUUCAGCGUCCGUGCACAGAGCAGGAGCUCCCUCAGUGAACACUCCCAGAUACACGGGUCCCGCACAGGGUGCAAUACCAAGCCUGUAUACUCCUUCUAAUGCACACAUCAGCUCACAGGCACAGAACAAUCCUGGUUCCAUAGUGGGGCAAGGCCACCCGUAUAAAGCUGUUUACAGCUACAGGCCCCAGAAUGCAGAUGAGCUGGAGCUCAUAGAAGGGGACAUUGUGCAAGUGAUGGAAAAAUGUGAUGACGGCUGGUUUGUAGGUACGUCAGAACGGACGCAUACUUUUGGGACUUUUCCUGGGAAUUACGUGACACCAGUCUGACUUCCUCACUCCCUGCUUUCCAACAUUCAGUGGGACUCAUGAGCAUAGCUAAUGAUCAUUGCCUCGUCCCAUCAUAGAUAAUGUUUUGUAGGGUUUGCAUGCACACUCUGUUUUCCAGAAGAGAAGGGAGGGACACAAUGUGGUUUCUCUCCUUACUUCCCUGCAUGUGUGAGCACAUUUGAAUGCAAGAAUGUGUUGCACAGUGAUUUGAGGAGUGUUUUUGCACACUUGAGAGCAACGCUGAUGAGACUGAUCCAUGUGCACAAAAUGAACAUUUUAAUUUCCUUGUUCCACAACGUUUUGCAGCUGGAGGAAAUUUGCAUCCUUCCCUCUGAACAGCACAUUUUCCCUUUGAGGUCCUUAAAUAACACUGCUGCACCUAGCUACUUGUCACCUCAGUGCCUACACAAACCAUAACUGGGAUUUAAUAAGGAAGGAGAUAUUUGUAGCAUUUUACUGGAUUAUUAAUAUUUCUUUCACAUAUUUUUCCCCAGAUGUUCUUUCAGAUGUCAGAUGAAAUAGCUGCAGCAGUUUUUGAAGAAACGUCACAAACAACUGUAGGACAGUAAGGGCUUUGACAUAUCAUCAUCUAUUUACUGCCAUCCACAAAUCUAUGAUGUAAUUCAUCUACUGGUUUCUUUCAUUAUAAAGUAGUCUCGAUGUUUUACAGUGCUAGGCUGUUGUUGUCUGCCUGUAGGUAAAGUAAAGACCUCCAUCAUAUUCUCUGCUUUAAAAUAAGUUUUAAUGCAUACAACAAAAGCAGAUGUGUUUUAACAGGUUGGAUCAAUAAUGCUCUGAUUGUUAAAUUAUCCUUUGAAAUGCUAAAUUUAAUUCUGUUUGUGCCAAAUGUUGCCUAUGAUGACAUACAUCUGUUCAGCUGUCCAUGAAACAUUCCCAGCUCACUCUCUGUUAUGUUCUCAACAGUUGCUUUGGUGAUAUUUUCUUCGUUGAUGUUUAUACAUUAUUUUGAAAGCAGUAUUCAAGAAAAUCAUCUGGAUUUGUUUUCAGCUCAACUUGAUACAUUUGUAACAAAGUCUCAUCUUUAAGUGACAGUUUCAUUGUGAAAAAUGAAUUUCAUUUAGUAGCCACAUUAGAUGAUUGUACAGAUUGCAACAGUUUGUAAAACUGAAAGGAUAAUAUAUAUUUGCUUAAAAACAACAAUGUAUUGCAUAUCUAUGGUACGAAAUUUAUAUAAAAGUUGAUUAAAUAUAACAGAGUGAUACAAAACGCAA